GAUAAAUUUGAAUUUCAAAACUCUGACCUAACGGCUAACAUACGGAGUGCAGCCCUUUCCCCUUUCCUCUCUCUCGUAUUGUCCAGCUCCUCUCUCCCACUUUUCUCUCUGUUUAUUAUUACAUCCUUCUUACUUCCAUUUCUCUCUGUUUUUAUUCCCCAGUCUUCUCUUUUUGUGCAGCUGAAUUUUCUCCUGUUUGUGUUGGCAUUUGGUGUAGAGAUCGAGGAUUCCCUUUCUUUGGACCAAAAAAAGAAUAAUAAUAAGGACCCUUUAGUCUCCAUUCCUGUUUCGUUUACUGCAAAAUGGCUGAAUCAAAGUUAACCUAUGAACAAAUGCGUAAAAAGAGAUUGGAGGAGAACAAGAAGAGGAUGGAAGAACUCAAUCUCAAAAACCUCUCUCAAGCAUUGAAGAAAGAUAGCCCCAAGUCGUCUCCGGCGAAGCCUCGAACACCUCGGCAACGGCUGGAGUUAACAGCAGUGAGAAGGUCUAGUCGCGUUGCAGACAAGCCUAAACCAAACUACAAAGACGUCCCUCUUGAACCUUUGGAGAGACCCAGAAGGAUUUACUCGCGGAGAAAUCUGUUGAAUCGAGUGUAUGCUUCAGAUGAAGAAAGAGCUUAUGCAAUUGAAAAAGCAGAACAUCUUGUAUCCACUUUAGAAUCUGAUUAUCCAAGCUUUGUGAAGCCCAUGCUCCAAUCACAUGUAACCGGAGGAUUUUGGCUGGGUCUUCCAGUCCAAUUUUGCAAGAAACACCUGCCUGAUCAUGACGAAACAAUUACUUUGGUGGAUGAGGAAGGAGAGGAAUUUGCAACCAAAUACCUUGCAGAUAAAACUGGUCUUAGCGGUGGAUGGAGAGGGUUUUCAAUUGAUCAUAAUCUAGUUGACGGGGACGCUUUAGUAUUCCAGUUAGUAACUCCCACAGAAUUUAAGGUGUAUAUCAUCAGGGCAUACGAGUCAGAAGACAGUGGAGGUGGUGAAGAUGGAGAAGAAGAUGACAAGGAGCCAAAUGUUGAGCCAGACGUGCAAGUUUUGAACAGAAGUGCAAAACGGUUCCGAGCAAGUAACUUUUUUUCCAGCCUUCUAAACAUUUUGUUCAGCACCGAAAAGAAAAUUUUGAUUAAUCUAAUUCAAUUAAAGAGGUUGAUUGCAAAAUAUCUUUAGAUUCCCAGAUUUUUCUUUUUGUUUUUUGAACGACUUGGAGGUGUGACCUGAACUUGAAUGAAACCUCUAAAGACAAGGAAUACGUUUUGGGAAAUUGUUAGAGAAAAUGCUGGGAAUAUGUUUUGUUGGUACUCAUGUUCAAAACGUUGGAAAUAUUGAUAAUGCAUUUUGAUAUUUCUAUGUUCGCAACCUGAUUUUUUUAACUGGUUUUUGCAGGGUAGUAGAUCUUCUCUAGCCAAGUGAUGGGACAGAACUGAUAUUUUCUUUUUCCAGUUUAAAAGCUGAUGACUUGUUGUAUGAUAUUCGCUAGCUACUUGACUCCAUUGGAUCUUUUAAGUG